AUGGCGUUGCCGAUCGGUGGCGCGGAUCCCGAAUCGAUUAGCACAGGCGGCGGCGCUUCUUCCGAGGAAUUACAACAGCAGCAGAGGAGAAAGCGGAGAAAAAUUGCGCACGAUUCCGAUUGCGCCUCCACCAGCGGCGGAGUCGGAGAGGAGAAGCCGAGGAGGUGGAGGACGGAGGCGGAGCACCGGAUCUAUUCCACCAAGCUGCUCGAAGCUCUGCGGAGCUCUCGGCGGAGCUCCUCCUCCGCCUCCGCCAGCGGUACGCUGGUGAGGGACGCGGCGGAUAGAGUGCUGGCCGCCGCAGCGCGCGGCUCGACGCGGUGGAGCCGCGCGAUUCUCGCGAGCCGCCGGAGGCUGACCAGAGUCAGGAAGGUGAGGAGGGCGCGAGUGAUCGGCGAGGCGAGGUCGACGGAUAGGCGGAAGCAGAAAUUGUUUGCGGCGGCGGAGGAGGAGGAGAAGAAUAAAUCCACGUCGUCGUCGCAUCCUCCGCCGGCUGUGGAGAAGCGAAUCCGUACGUUGAGCCGGCUGGUUCCUGGCUGCCGGAAGGCGCCGCUGCCGAAUCUGUUGGAGGAAGUCGGGGAUUACAUCGCGGCGCUGGAGAUGCAGGUGAAAGCCAUGGCGGCCCUCGCCGAGAUUCUCGCCCCCGGCGGCGGCGGGGCUGCUCGGGGUCCGGAGGUUAGCGCCCAAUGA